AGUAUAUCUAUUAAGAUUUUAGAUCAAGAUGUGACAUUGGACUCGUUAAUUUGAAGUUCUAGCCUUAGUAUAAGGUAUACCUCUGAUUUAAAACGUGUAUUGUGGACAGUUAUGGUUGGUGAGUGAUAAUUUCUUCCCAGUUUGUCAUCAUCCAAUCUUAGAUGAAAUGAUUCAUUCAUUGGCAAAGAAGGGUGUUCACUGUAGUUGCUUGGAAGUUUCUGAUUUUUGUCCAGAACUAGAAAUAUCAAUCUCACUUAUUUAUGGAAGAUGAUCCAAUUUUUCCAAAAUUGCAGGAUGCAGCUUUGAUUUCUGGCGACACGAAAUAGGCCUUACUCGAAUCGGAUUCAAGGGUAGAUCUGGAAGCUUGGAGUUAUGUCUGCUUAUGGCCAUCAAAUGGAGGAGAACUAUUCUGCAGGGAGUCUCUCUGGUGGUUCUGUAUAGAUGAGGAGCAGUUAUGUGCUGGAAUCAGGAUUCUACAUCACUCCUUUCGCAGCAACCAUCUUGAUUACCUCGCUCGCCACUAUAGGCCUCCUAAUGAUUACUAUGCUGGUUGCUCUGACAAUGAUGCUGCAAUCUUGUCAGAGUAGAGGUUCUGGAGUUAUAGAACUUCAAAGUGUGAAUGAUGAUUACAGCUAUUGCAAGGUUCAUUCUCUGCACACCGAGCUCAAUAGCUUAGAAGGACAUAAUCUUCCUAGCAUCUGCAAGGACCUGGCCAUAGAAUAUGUCAAAGGAGGCCGAUAUGCUCGCGACUUAGAGGUCUACUUUGACAAGGUUAAACCAUCAGAUGAUGGAGUUGGUGUAGUGCUAAUAGACAUAGAUGGCAUUUUUCCUCAGAAUCCAUCCGAUCUAUAUCAGAGGUUUCAUGAUAUCAGCAUUGUCAAUUGCCAACUGUUCCAACUCCAAGUCAAACAUGGCUACCAAUGCGAGCAGAACCCGAAUGGAAUAGUGUUUUACUACAGAGAGGGCUCCUUCCUUUUGAAGACCCAUUUGCAGCCAACAAUUUUCUUGUCUAUAGGUAGUUUAACUAAAACCCAUGUUUUAUUCCUAUGGAGAGACUCCACCUCUGCUCUGGUGAAUCUUCUGCAUCCUCUGAAGUAGAUAGCUGGACUGAAUUUGAUUGUGGGGUUUGAAGAUGCUCGAGCGAAGCGAGAGGAAGGAACAAAGUAACUCGACCGUAACGGAGAGGAGAGGGAAAAGAAAUCCAAUACCAAGAGUGCUGUGUAUCAUACACAUAUCCAAUAGCAAGAGUGCUAUUGCAAGCUAUCAGGUGUCACAACCCGGACUCUCAACAAUGAAGUCAUCAUUUUGUUUGUUGGAAUAAUCUUCAUCUUCAUCUCUGCAAAAUGCAGAUCACUGUUUUAGUAUAAGAUCAAGCAGUUGGUAUGUUCAAAGUCUACAAAAGUAGAUGCCUAUGUUGAAAUUCUAAAAUGUAACAACUUAAUUCACACUUAUCUUUGCUUUUUAUAAAAUAUGAUAGGAAAGAGAAGUUUCAAGCA